GUGGGGGCGGGGCGGCUGGGUGAGCGCAUGCGCGGCUGGUGCCCGGCUCUCACCUGGGCGAGCUCGCGGCGGAGUGCGGUUGAGGAGGCGCUCGGACUGCGGCCGCUGUUGCUCAGUCGCGCCGAGCCCAGCAACAGCAGCCGAGCGGUCAGCGGCGGAACAUCAAACCGGCCAAGAUGAUGAGGUUUCUGCGGAGGACGUUCGGACGUCGCUCGGCUCGCCGCUACAUGGAGGAGCGGGACGGCGGCGGCGGCGGCAGAGGAGGCGGGACCAGCAGUGGCCGGGACUCCGCCGCUACCGCGGUCGCUGGGAUCCAUACUGCCACACCUGCGCCUACUGGGACCAUGGUCCACAUUCCCGCAGCAGGCGGAAACAAGUCCAUCCUGGCAUGCAGAGUGCAGCUUCUGGACGGGACGGACAUCAGCGUGGAGCUGCCGAAAAAUGCAAACGGUCAAGAUCUCUUCGACCAGAUUGUUUACCAUUUGGAUCUUGUGGAGAUAGAAUACUUCAGCCUGCAGUUCAUGGAUGCGUUACAAGUUUUACACUGGUUAGACCACACAAAACUCAUCAAGAAACAAAUGAAAAUUGGACCUCCUUACUGCUUAUACUUCAGAAUAAAAUUUUACUCCUCUGAACCAAACAACCUUCGUGAAGAGUUUACAAGAUAUCUCUUUGUGCUACAACUUAGACAAGAUAUUCUCUCUGGCAAAUUGAAAUGCCCUUAUGAAAUCGGACUAGAACUAGCUGCUUAUUGCCUUCAAGCGGAGCUUGGGGACUGUGAACCUAUUGAACAUUCUUCGGAACUGGUGUCAGAAUUCCGGUUUAAUCCAAAUCAGACAGAAGAUAUGGAAAUAGAUAUUUAUACUCAGUGGAAGGAUUGCAGGGGGAAAAGCCCAGCACAGGCAGAAUUAUGUUAUCUGAACAAAGCCAAAUGGCUAGAAAUGUAUGGAGUUAACAUGCACAUAGUCAAGGGAAGAGAUGGCUAUGAAUAUUCUCUUGGAUUGACACCAACCGGCAUAUUGGUUUUUGAAGGAACCAACAAAAUAGGCCUGUUUUUUUGGCCUAAAAUUACUCAGUUGGAUUUCAGAAAGAACAAACUAACUCUUGUUGUGAUAGAAGAUGAUGAGCAGGGUCGAGAACAGGAGCAUACGUUUGUUUUCCGGUUAGAUCAUUCCAAAGCAUGUAAACAUUUAUGGAGGUGUGCUGUGGAGAAUCAUGCCUUUUUCCGACUACGAGCGCCAACCCAAAAUAAAGAGGAACGAUCAGACUUACUGCGUUUGGGGUCUCGCUUUCGAUUCAGUGGUCGGACUGAAUACGAAGCAACGCAUAAAAGUAGGCUCCGGCGGAAGAGUACAUUCGAAAGGCGGCCAAGCAAACGAUAUCCCUCAAGAAGGCACUCCACAAUUAAAGGUUCAAUUCCAGUAAAAUAUGGACACACCAGUGCACAGAGCAAUGCAGGAAUUUGUGGAUAUCAGGCUCCAUAUAUGUGCAACAUUCCCCCUGUCCAGCACCACUGGCAUUCCAGUAAUGUAAGCUAUCCUUUGGUAUCGCCACUAUUAAACAGCCGUGAUUUACAACAAUUCAAUUUAGAAGAGAAUGGGGGAACACCAUUUACUGGGACAACUACUGGAAGGCACCACCUCCAAAAUUGUGGUCUGAUUACUUUGGAGUUGGAAGACACAGAUGCUUACUCUGGAAUGCCAAGUCCAACCAAGUUGAACUCGACUGUUCUUCCACACUAUGAUGAGGUGUGUUUUAAACAGUUGGAAGUUGAAUCCAGCAAGGUGGUUGGGCAGUGGCCCUCAUUGCAUAUCAACAUAAAUAACAAGGUUGAGGAAAAGAAGCUGUUAGAAAAGAGCCUGCAUUCUCCUGCAUCACCCUCUGCUCAUCCUGAUCAGAUGAAGAGCAACAUCAUUAAAGCUCAGAUGGAUGCUGCCUUGAAGUUUAAGAAAGAGGAGCCAAUACUGAGCAGCCAGAGUAAACCCUCCAGCACACCUGUAGCAAGGUCCCUGGAUCCAUCACAAGAUGGCUCACAAACAACUGGUGUUCAGGACAAGCCACGGCCAAAAAGUUCUCGUAUCAGGAAACUUACAAGACAAUACAGCUUUAAUCAUAGUGAUGAAGAUGACCUGCCUCCUGCCUUAGCUGCAGCCACACGAAGCAGUCCUCCCCCUGUCAAUAAACUAUCCACUGCUGAUGUUCGACAGUUGCAGUACCCCACCUGCAUCAGGAAUAAUUCAGAAGAAGACCAAACCGAUUUGGCCAGUCCAGGGGAUCUACUUAUGGACUUCACUGAAGCUACCCCUCUGAUAAAGACUGUACCAGCCCAUCCUUUUUCACCUGUGCUGCAAUUUCCAGUUGAAUUAACAGACAACAUAUUGCAGUGUUACGACUUUCCACCAUCACCUGGAACAUCUUCAUCUACAGCUCCUUUGCAUGUAGUCAGAGCUCCAAAUGACCCAUCAAAAUCUUCAUCAGUGACAUUUAUACAUGCAACUAGGCCUUUGACUAAUCCAGGAAAAUCAUCGGCAACAACUUUGCAUGGCAUCAGGCAUCUGACUGAUCCAGGAAAACCUUCAUCAGUACUGCCUUUGCAUGUCACAAGGCCCCUGACUGAACCAGGUGUAUCAUCAUCAGUAACACCUUUGCAUGCCACCAGAUAUCCAAGUGAUCCUGGAAAAUCAUCCGCAACACCUUUGCAUGCAGUAAGACAUAUGACUGAUCCAGGAGUUUCUACAUCAGUAAUGCCUUUGCAUGCAAUUAGGUAUCUAAGUGAUCCACUCCCACCAGUUCAACAUUCCACAUCUUCAACAGACAGUGCCGAUAAUUUGAGACGUGAGCUGGAUCGAGAGAAGAUAAUGAAACGUCUUUUAAUGACAGAACUCUGAAAACGCAGUUUGGAUCAAGUGGCAGAAAUGGACCAGGGCCUCCGUGUGCCUUUUGUCAGCAUUCCUUUUGAAUGUCAGACAAAGCAGCUUUGAUGUGUGUAGUUUGUUACACUUUCUUCAUUGUGAUUCAUAAAAUACAUCUGUUUUUUUAUCACACUGAACUCGAUGUUUACAUUACUUUCCUGGUAUAAUCAGGAAGGGCUUGCUUUACAAGGGUCAGCAUAAGCUUAAUCCCUGAUACUGCCUCUGUAACCAGUGUCGCCAAUGCAACAGUGUGCAAUUUUGUUUUGUUGAAAAGGCCAUUCACAACAAAUAUUACUUCAGAUGUAAGGAAACAAAGUCUCUAUAUUUGCACUACAUUUUGAAGAAUAUUUUCAUAGGAAUGUGGAAAACAGUAACUUUGUAUACCUGGAGCUAUUUCUGAGCCACUACAUUUUGACAAUUAGUUUUACGUGAAAGGUGAGAGUUAAGUUAAAGUUUAAUAUUAUGGGGGGAAAAACACACUUGAACAUAAAUUGUAUAUUCUAAAGCCAAAUUAAAUGUCUAAAUACUAGGAUUGAGAUUUUUUAAAUAUGCAAAUUUGUAUUUAGCAUAUUAACGUGUUCCCGUAAUGUAGUAAUCUAGAUAAAUUUAACAUCAAGCCACAGGCCUUGGACUAAUAUUUGUGCUUAACAUACAAAUCAUAGAAUGUUAAUAGAACACAAAAAAAAAUUGAAACCAAGAAAAAAAAAUCCCUUUAUAAAAAGGUCCUGUAUUCUCCAAAAGAAAAGUUGACAAAAUGCCCUGUAUUCAAUUUAAACUUAUUUUCAAAUACUUAUCCAGUAAAUCUAGGCAGUUUUGCAGCAAGAUGGAUUUUUGAACAGUUCAGGUACAUUAAUGUUGUGGUUUAAAUGAUAUUUUUGAAAAUCAAAUUUAAGGAUUUAUCAAAUUAGUUGUUUUUCUAUAGUUUUCUGAACAAGCGCUCAAGGAAAUCACUACUAUCAUUGGGCUAUCAUAUACUUUAUUGAUACUAAUGCAGAAUUGUUUAGUGUUACAGUAAGGCUCAUAAAACUGCCUCAAAUUUCCAAUGUUGUUUUCUAAAAGUUUACCUGGUCUAGUUUGCCGAGAUAUUCUUCGGACAGGGUGUGUGAAUGGGUGUUGAAGUCUUCCUUUUGGCCUGCAAAACUUUGGUAGAAACCUCAAACCAUAGGUUCCUAACCAACAUUUUGCAGAUAAUUGGGAGAACCUGUAGAGCAGAGAUGCUCAGAUUGUGACUCAUGAGCUGCUUUUGGCUCGUUAUUGCUUGUUGUUCUAGUAUAGAAAUCUGUCAGUUUUAUUGGAAUAUGAAAUGUUAUUGUACUAGAGAAUAGUAAUGAUACCACAUUUCCCAUUAUACACUGCUAAUACAAAGACAUCAGUUAAAACCAAAUCUUUGAAGAAUCAUUUGCAUUCUCCUUGUGGACUGCUGUAUGUUUUUAUAUUUGGUGGAUUGGUGCACAGGGUAUACAGUAGUUGAUGGUGAUAGUGAAUGUAGCUUCAGAAUCACAACUAUGAUUACCAUUGCUCCAGAAGAUAUUUACAGUGCUGAUGUUUUAGGAUUAUUUGGUUUCCAUUAGAAUAUUCCCCUUUCUCAAUUAUAAGGGGAAAUAUUCCAGUACUGUGACAUCCACUAUGAGAACAGUAGACUUGUUAAAUAGCUCAUUAAUCAUUUUCCAGAAAGAUACUGGCUAUGUUUUUCUGAUAUGUUUGCAGAUGCCAGUUAGUACCAACAGAAGGCAAACAAAAUAUUGUGCUUUUAAAUACUUUAUUGUAAAUAAUACACUUUGAGAAAAGAUUUGCUGUGAUGAUUGUUAAAGUGUUUUAAGAUGAAAUUGGUAUAUUUAAUAAUCUAAAAUACAAAUUGUUCUGCCAAUAGAAUCAGAAAUUUUGGAGGUUAUCGGUGCUUAAUAGAAAUACUUGCGAAGUGUAAAAUAUCACAAAAUGAAAUAAUUUAAAACAUAAAUUACAAAAUCUAUAUUUAAUUCAUCAUUUUUCUAUUUAAUUUUCUUCGAGAUGGUUAUCUUUUUUUUAAUUCAUUUAACAAAUUUGAAAGUAUUCACUCAUAUUGCUAUACCAUGUAAACAAAUGUGUUGAAAUGGUAAGCAUUAACUCAAGUAUUUUAAUACAAAUAUAACUCAACAGGCCCAUAGAUUUUAGACAUAUUUCAGCUAGAUUUAGAUUCAGGUUGUGUAGGAAGGAACUGCAGAAGCUGGUUUAAACCGAAGAUAGACACAAAAUGCUGGAAUAACUCGGUGGGACAGGCAGCAUCUCUGGAGGGAAGGAAUGGGUGACGUUUCAGGUCGUCACCCUUCUUCAGACUGAAGUUAUUGAUACAAGUUAUUGGACAAAAUCAAACUAACAACAUUGGGUAUUUUGUGUUUUCAAAUGCACAAUGUCAGUGCAGAAUAUUUACUUUUACAAUUGGUAACCUUCCAAUUAUGUUAUUGUCGUCAAAUAGAAAGGUACUACACGAAGUUAUAAAGGGAUAUGACGAUGAAAAUAUCUACAAUGCCAAAAUUCAGACCUUAAAACAGAAAA